ACUUUCCCUGCUGAAAUAUUAUGAUUCAUCACUGUGCUACAACUAUAUAACCAGAUUUGAUUUUAAAUGAGGGAAAAAAAUCUCAACAAUAAAUCAAAGUCUUUAGUUGAUGUUAAGAUGAAGAUAUUUUGGGAGUUGGAAGAUUCAUGCCAAGUGUGAAAAUGAAGUGGUUUGUCGGUUUCUGGGGCAAGAGAUAUUUCUUAUUUGAAAUGUAAAGAAAGCACCUUCCAAAAUGGCUGCAGCAUCAACUGCCUCCUUAUUUUCUGCAGCGCGUUCUGGUUCUAAUAAUAAUGCAAGUCCCUCUGUUUCAAAUAUAUAUGCUACAAGUUUUAUGGGUGCUCACUUGAGAAGAUAUUAUCCAGCUUCAAGGAAACUAGUACGGAUUAGUAGGGGUAUAGUUGCUGCGGGCAUUGCAACUGCCGCUGCAGAGGAAAUCAAAGAAUAUGAACUUCCCACAUGGGCUAAAUUUGACCUUGGAAAAUCACCAGUAUAUUGGAAAACAAUGAAUGGACUCGCUCCAACUGCAGGAGAGAGACUGAAGCUUUUUUACAAUCCAGCUGCAAACAGUAUGGUUCCUAAUGAAGAUUUUGGAAUUGCUUUCAAUGGAGGUUUCAACCAGCCUAUCAUGUGCGGUGCUGAGCCUAGGGUAAUGCUCCAGAAAAUUAGAGGAAAAGCCGAUCCUCCUAUUUAUACGAUUCAGAUAGGCAUUCCUAAGCAUGCUCUUAGUUUGAUCUUCUCGUUCACAAAUGGAACCGAAUGGGAUGGUCCCUACAGACUACAAUUUCAAGUCCCCAAGGCUUGGAGAAAUAAACCAACUGAAUUCUUCACUGAGGGGCUUGCACAGGAGUUGAGCCAGGAGGGUGCCUGUGAUAGGGCAAUCUUUCCGGACUCGAAUAUCUUGAUCACAAGAUGUGCUAUGGUUGGUAACCUGAACGUGGACGGAGGUGAUCGUUGCAAUCUUGAUCUAGUACCUGGAUGCAUUGAUCCAAGCUCGCCCUACUAUAAUCCACUAGCCAAUGUGGAUGAUGGAUCUUGUCCACCAUAUUCAGAUUCUGAGGAUUGACUUUCAGUAUUAAUAUAUGACCUAUGCUUAUAGCUUAGUGUUAUCCAUGGAAGUAGUCCACAGUUUUGUGGAUUCUAUUUCCUGUCCCCUUCUCACCUUUCCCUUUUCUCGUUUGAGAUAAAGAAAACGUCUGGAUAAAAGGAAAACUCGGGUACACCGUACACAUGAAUCUCCAAUCCUAUACUUGAGGUAUCUAGUUAUGGUCUGUACUGGUUCGUUGUAUAGAAAUUUGAUACUUACCUUCAGACGCAGAUCUACCUUAUAAGGUACGGGUGCCAUGGCGCCUGCACGUUCAAUUAGAAUUGGUAUUAUGUAUAGUGGCACGUUGUUGAAUAACUAUUCGAGGGUUCACCAAAAUUCUUGGGUUGAUUUGCACCUUGUAAUAUGAUCGAAUAAGUUGGAGGAGAUGAUCACUUCAAGCUGAACUCUGCCUUCGCAUUUAUCUACUUCCCUUCUUAUAUGCA